AUGGCGGACCAUGAGCCGCAGGGCAACCUGCCCAAACGUGAAGGCUUUCAGCUAAACGUGAAUGACGCUUUAACGCCGGAUCCCGGCAAGGAAGGACUUUUCAAGGUCGAGAACAAUCCCUUCGCCUACACACCAGGCCACCUUACAAAACUGCUUAAUCCCAAAAGCCUCGAUGCUUUCUACGCCCUGGGCGGCCUGGAGGGACUAGAGAAAGGAUUACACACAAAUCGCGAUUCCGGUCUCAGCGCCGACGAGAAGAACGUCGAUGGUCAUGUCGCCUUCAAGGAUGUCGCUCCCCAAGGAACUCCGCAAUACGGCCAGCAUGGCGACAACGUGCCCUUUGCUUCAGACAAACACGAUGCUUCCAUUCCGGAACCGCUUCCGCUCGACCAUAAAGCCGGGGAAAGCUAUGCCGAUCGCCGCCGCGUUUACAGGGAAAACCGAUUACCCGAGAAGAAGAGCAAAACACUCCUACAGCUGGCCUGGACUACGUACAACGACAAGGUGUUGAUCCUGCUUACUAUUGCUGCUGUCGUGUCCCUGGCCCUCGGUCUGUACCAGACAUUCGGCGGCAAGCAUGAACCAGGAGAGGCAAAGGUGGAUUGGGUCGAGGGCGUGGCUAUCAUGGUGGCUAUUAUCAUCGUGGUGCUAGUAGGCACGCUCAAUGAUUGGCAGAUGGAGAGGCAGUUCAACCAGCUCAACAAGAAACACAACGACCGCACCGUCAAGGUUAUUCGCUCGGGAAAGUCUGUCGAGAUUUCCGUUUUCGACGUCAUGGUGGGCGACGUAAUGCAUCUGUUUGCAGGCGAUCUUAUUCCCGUUGACGGCAUUUUCAUCAACGGCCAUGGUGUCAAAUGCGACGAGAGCUCCGCCACGGGCGAAUCUGACCUGCUCAAGAAGACGGGCGCUGACGAAGUGUUUGCUGCACUGAAAGACGUCGCCGACGGAAGGACUCCCAGAGAGGACAUCCACAAGCUGGAUCCGUUUAUUAUUUCCGGCAGCAAAGUCAAUGAGGGAACCGGUACCUUUCUCGUAACAGCCGUCGGCAUUUUCUCGAGCUAUGGCCAAAUUUCCAUGGCCAUGCAGACCGAGCAGGAAGACACCCCGCUGCAGAAGAAGUUGAACACUCUCGCCGAUUGGAUCGCCAAGUUUGGUGGUGGCGCAGCGCUUGUCCUCUUCAUUGUUUUGUUCAUCAAGUUUUGUGUCCAGUUGCCGGGCAACCACGAAUCGGCGGACCAAAAGGGACAGGCCUUUUUACGCAUCUUCAUCACUUCUGUCACGGUUGUUGUUGUCGCUGUCCCAGAGGGUCUUCCUCUGGCAGUGACGCUGGCCCUCGCGUUUGCAACCACUCGAAUGAUGAAGGACAACAAUCUUGUCCGCGUGCUCAAGGCCUGUGAGACCAUGGGUAACGCGACAACGGUAUGUUCCGACAAGACUGGAACCCUGACUCAGAACAAGAUGACGGUGGUUGCGACCACUCUUGGCAAGAGUCUCAGCUUUGGCGGCACGGAUAAGCCGUUGGAAGAGCCUGAGUCGGACAAAGAGAAGGGACCGGAGGCGAUGACCGCCCCGAAUAGCGUGCCGAACAUGCCCGUGACCGACUUUGCCAGCGAACUCAGCAAGACGACCAAGAAGAUUCUCAACCAAGCCAAUGCCGUUAAUUCGACCGCGUUCGAGGGUGAUGAGGAUGGCGAGAAGACGUUUAUCGGUUCCAAAACUGAGGUGGCUCUGCUCACGUUCUGCCGUGACCAUCUCGGGGCCGCACCGGUGGAGGAGGAGCGCAAGAAUGCUGAUAUUGUCCAGGUCGUUCCUUUCGAUUCGAAGUAUAAGCUGAUGGCCACCGUCGUUAAACUUCCGAACGGCAAAUAUCGCGCAUACGUCAAGGGUGCUUCCGAAAUUCUUCUCAAGCAAUGCUCCACGGUUAUUGCCAACCCGAACGAGGACGAAAUACGUACUGUCGAGAUUACCGAUGAAGAUCGCAAGAUGUUCUUACACACUAUCGCCUCAUAUGCCGGCCAAACCCUUCGUACGAUUGGUUCCUCCUACCGUGAAUUCGACAACUGGCCCCCUCCGGAGCUCGAAGGCCACGAAGAACUGACGGCCGACGAAUUCGCCAAGGUCCAUCAUGACAUGACGCUCGUAGCCAUCUUUGGCAUCAAAGAUCCCUUGCGUCCGCAGGUCAUUGGUGCCAUCAAGGACUGUAACCGCGCUGGCGUGUACGUUCGUAUGGUGACUGGCGAUAAUCUCUUGACCGGCAGCGCAAUCGCAAAGGAAUGCGGUAUCUACAAGCCCGAGGAGGGUGGAAUUGCCAUGGAGGGCCCUGAUUUCCGAAGACUAUCCGAAGAUAAGCUCCUCGAAGUCGUACCGAAUCUCCAGGUGCUCGCUCGCUCCAGCCCCGAGGACAAGAAAAUCCUUGUUCGUACUCUUAAGCAGCUGGGAGAGACGGUGGCGGUCACUGGCGAUGGAACGAACGACGCGCCAGCUCUCAAGAUGGCGGAUAUUGGCUUUGCCAUGGGUAUUGCUGGCACGGAAGUCGCAAAGGAGGCUGCUUCCAUCAUUUUGAUGGACGAUAACUUUGCGUCCAUUGUCAAGGGUAUCAGCUGGGGUCGUGCGGUGAAUGAUGCCGUGAAGAAGUUUUUGCAGGUAAGCACUGUGCUCUUGGCCCAAAUGCUGGCUAAGCUAACGAGAUGUCAACAGUUCCAACUUACCGUCAACAUUACGGCCGUAGCCUUGACCUUUAUCUCCGCCGUUUCCAACGACGAAGAACAGUCCGUCCUGAACGCAGUUCAGCUUCUCUGGGUGAAUCUGAUCAUGGACACCUUCGCGGCUCUUGCCUUGGCAACCGACCCUCCUUCACACACCGUCCUCGACCGCAAGCCGGAUCGCAAAUCCGCGCCGUUGAUCACCACCAGGAUGUGGAAGAUGAUUAUUGGUCAGGCUAUUGCCCAACUCGCCAUCACUCUCUGCCUCUACUUUGGUGGCCGUUCCCUCCUCGGCUACAAUAUGUCGGACCCCACUGAAUCCAAACGCCACAGCACCUUUGUUUUCAACACCUUCGUCUGGCUCCAGAUCUUCAACGAACUGAACAACCGCCGUCUCGACAACAGGCUCAACAUCUUCGAGGGCAUUACGCGCAACUACUUCUUCUGGGUCAUCAACGCCAUCAUGAUCGGCGGACAAGUUCUCAUCAUCUUCGUCGGCGGGGAAGCCUUCAAGAUUACUCGUCUGAACGGCAAGGAAUGGGGCAUGUCUAUCGGGCUCGGUGCCAUUUCCGUUCCCUGGGGUGCGUUGAUCCGCAAGUUCCCCGAUCGCUGGGCCGAGGCCAUCGUGCCGCAUGUGCAUAUCCCGAUGCCCAAGAUCUUUAAGCGCAAGAAGAAGGAGGAAGCGGAUCCCGAGAAGCAGGGACUGGAGAGACCACCCCCACCUCCGGGUAGAGUACAUACUGGACUCAGAAGUCAAAGAGCGAGGGUGCACAGUUCGAGGUUGGGCAGGAGUUGGUCUUAG